AUGUCAAAAUGUCCAGUGCCACCAUUUUAUACUGUCCCUCUAAUAUUCAAAUUCGGAAAACGUUCAAUUCAAUCACCUUUGAGAAUGUUUAAAGAAGAGUUUCAAAAGAUUCUCACGUUACCAUUAGCAAGUUGCAUUUUUGCCAUCGCUUUAGCAGCACCACAAUAUAAUUAUAAUGUACCACAAUAUGGCGGUAUUUCAUCAGGCAGCUCAUUUAGUAGUAUAUCUAGCGGUUCAUUCGGUGGUUCAUCUGGUGGUUCAUUUGGUGGUUCUUUUGGUGGUGGAGAAAUAGGUAAUGCACAUGCUUUUAACUUAUUCAAUCCUGCACCAGCAUUACCAUCUGCAAGCAGUGUUGCAGCAGCUCACAGAGCACGUCCACAACAUCAAAGACGUGUUUUACCACCAAUUGUAUCAAAACACAUUUUCUAUCAUUCAGCUCCAGAAGAACCAGAUGAAGAAGUUUAUGAAGAUAAUUCUACACAACAAGAACGUAAACACUAUAAUGUUGUCUUUAUUAAAGCACCACAUCAAUCUGUUAAAACAAUUGCAACUCAAACCGCUCAAGCUCUUAAUGAAGAAAAAACUGCUAUCUAUGUAUUGAGCAAGAAGAAUGAUGUUUCAGAAAUUCGUCAAGCUCUUGCCGAUGCACCACAUCAUCCAAAUAAACCCGAAGUAUUCUUCGUUAAAUAUAGAACCCCAGAAGAAGCACAACACGCUCAACAAACAAUUCAAUCGCAAUAUGAAACACUUGGUGGUUCUACUCAUGUUUCUGAUGAAGGUUAUGCUCCAGUAUCAUCAGUUGUUGGUGCCUUUGGUGGUGGUCAUGGUGGUAGUGCUGGAUUUAGUGGUGGACAUGGAGGAAGUGGUGGUUUUGGAGGUGGCUUCAUUAGUUCAGGUGGUGGUAAUUUUAUUGGCUCAAGUAGCAAUACCUAUGGCAGUUCAGUUGCUGCUUCAUAUUUACCACCCAACAAAGUAUAA